AUGCUUCAGAACGUCGUAUGUUUACAUCCAAACCGUCGCAAGUAUAAUCCAGUAACGGACACUGUGGCGGACGCUCUAUCAUUUGAUUAUCCAACAGCUCCAUACGGCGUUUAUUGUGUAGAUGAUAUUAAUGAACUGAACAAUGGUGUGAAAAAUUGGGACAGAUGUGUUUCGGCUAUCGGAUGGGGUGACUUUCUAAUCUUCGAUGUUUUACUAUUAUUGGUUAUACCAUGCAAUUCUUCGAUUAUAAUAAGAGCAUGCAUAGCAUUCGGUUGCAUAGUUAGCGUAGAACUUGCUAAUUUAUGUACUGGUUUCAUACUUUAUUUUAGUGAUUUUAACGGUUUACCGGCUUUACCUCUUCCCACGGCUGUUGUCAGUGCUUAUGCUAUCUUCGUUGGUGCCAUCAUUGAAUAUUUAAAUCUUGAUUGUGAAGAUACGUUAAAAUGGAGAACAAGUCUUCAUUAUGACUUUUCAUACUAUCAUAAUUCAUUGAUGAAAUAA